UCUAGUAUGCUUUUAUAAAGCCCAGGACGAUUGAGCUGCACUAUUUUGUUCCCAGCUUCUCCUGAGUCUCCUGAUACUUCUUGGAAAGACAUGGCCCAUAAUGGACUUGGGGUCUUCAUCCUCAUCAUUAUUUUACUGCUUGAUCAAAGCCAGCCUGCAAAGCUAAAAGCCAGAAAACACAGCAAACGCAGAGUCAAAGAAAAGGAUGGUGACCUAAAGACACAGGUGGAGAAGCUCUGGAGAGAAGUAAAUGCCUUGAAGGAAAUGCAAGCCCUGCAGACAGUCUGCCUUCGAGGUGUGAAAGUACACAAAAAAUGUUACCUGGCAUCUGAGAUCUCCAAGUACUUUCACGAGGCAAAUGAGGACUGCAUUGCCAAAGGUGGGACCCUGGUCAUUCCCAGGAACAGUGAUGAAAUCAAUGCCCUGAGAGACUAUGGAAAAAAGAGCCUGCCAGGCAUUAAUGAUUUUUGGCUGGGGAUUAAUGACAUGGUCAAUGAAGGCAAAUUUGUUGAUGUCAAUGGUGUUGCCAUUACCUUCUUCAACUGGGAUCGUGCACAACCCAAUGGUGGAAAGAGAGAAAACUGUGCCCUGUUCUCCCAGGCAACUCAAGGAAAGUGGAGCGAUGAAUCCUGUAGAAGCAGUAAGAGAUACAUAUGUGAAUUCAUCAUUCCCUAGAUGGCAUCUCUUGAACACAAAGCUUCUAGGCAGAAUGCGAUAUUGACCCUUUCCAUUGGUAGACGCUGCUCAUCCACAAGAUUCAGAAAGGCAAGAAUGGAAACCCAACCAUGUUUGUGAUUAGAACAAAAUGGUUGAUCUAUCCAAUUGACCACAUGUCACCUGCAUGGCUGUGUGAUCUUGUAAAUAUCUAUUUUGCAAUAUUUACAUCAUUAAAAAUCUUUCUA